AUGGGACAAGUGCCUAGCGGUGCUGGACCUGGCCGUGGCCAGCAAAAAAAUGGCAAGGAUGGCAAGAAAAAAGAGAAGAAGUGGGAGCAGCCGCUGCCGACGCGGAUCGGCAAGAAGAAGAAGAAGCAUUCGGAUGCGGCGGCCAAGCUGCCCGCCGUCUUUCCUACCACGCGGUGCCGCCUGAAACUGCUGAAGCUCGAGCGCAUCAAGGACCACCUUUUGCUCGAGGAAGAGUUUGUGAUGAACCAGGACCGCCUGAAACCCAAAGACGACCGCGAUGCCGAGGAGCGCACGCGUGUGGAUGACUUGCGCGGCAGUCCGAUGGCUGUCGGAUCCCUCGAGGAGAUCAUUGACGACGAGCAUGCUAUAGUGAGCAGUGCGACGGGCCCCGAGUACUACGUCAGCAUCAUGAGCUUCGUCGACAAGGAUUUGCUCGAGCCGGGGUGCAGUGUCCUGCUGCACCACAAGACCAUGUCGAUUGUCGGCGUGCUCUCUGACGAUACGGAUCCUAUGGUAUCGGUCAUGAAGCUCGACAAGGCGCCGUCGGAAAGCUAUGCCGACGUCGGCGGCCUCGACACCCAGAUCCAGGAAAUCAAAGAGUCGGUCGAACUCCCCCUCACACACCCCGAGCUGUACGAGGAGAUGGGAAUCCAUCCCCCCAAGGGUGUUAUUUUAUACGGUGUGCCGGGCACGGGCAAGACGCUGCUCGCCAAGGCGGUCGCGAAUCAGACCUCGGCGACCUUCCUCCGUGUGGUCGGAUCGGAACUGAUCCAAAAGUAUUUAGGCGACGGGCCAAAGCUAGUCCGUGAGCUGUUCCGGCUCGCGGAUGAGCACGCGCCAAGUAUCGUGUUCAUCGACGAGAUUGACGCUGUAGGAUCCAAGCGCUACGACUCGAGUUCCGGCGGCGAGCGCGAGAUUCAGCGCACGUUGCUCGAGCUGCUCAACCAGCUGGAUGGAUUCGAUAGCCGCCACGAUGUCAAGGUGAUCAUGGCGACCAACAAGAUUGAGAGCCUCGAUCCAGCGCUGAUCCGCCCAGGCCGUAUCGACCGAAAAAUCGAGUUUCCUUUGCCAGACCAAAAGACCAAGAUGCACAUCUUCCGCCUGCACACCAGCCGCAUGAACCUCGACGAGGAUGUAAACUUGGAAGAGUUUGUCGCUAUGAAGGACGACUUGAGCGGCGCGGAUAUCAAGAGUCUCGCCACCGAGGCGGGGCUGCUUGCGCUGCGCGAACGUCGGAUGCGCGUCACGAAAAAGGACUUUAGCACCGCGCGCGAGCGCGUGAUUGACCGCAAGAACGAGGGGACACCCGAGGGUCUCUACUUGUAG